GUGAACUGGCUGCCAAGAUGGAGAGGGAGGAGCAAACAGUCUUCACCUUCUACUAUCCCGAGGUUCCCAAAGUCAAGGGGGACCGGAGAUACCGAAGGCCUACCCUCCCCACCCAACAUCCGAGUGCCUUGAUGCCACCCCAGAGGCGACAGCAGCAUGUGGAUCAGACACACACCUACAUCCGAAUGUUCUGUGGCAGCCUCUGUGGCUUUAGCCUCCUAGUGCUGAUCUGCAUGUCCCCACUGAACUGGGUGCAGUUCCUGGUGAUCAAUGAUGGCCUUGAGCUCUACGCAGGACUCUGGAUCCCAUGCAACCAUGAGCUGUGCUGGAGCCACACACCCAAGCCACCCUAUUACCUCCAAUAUUCCAGGGCCUUCUUCCUCAUCUCUGUCUUCACCAUACUUGUUGUCCUUGGCUGGCUCUUCAGUUCUUGCCUCCCUAGAAGAGGAAGGGUGACUGGUAACUUGGAUCUGAAGGUAUCCAUGCUCAGCUUCAUCUCAGCCUCCUGCUUGCUGCUCUGCCUCAUCCUGUUUCUGGAACAGGUCGACUUGUAUACUUCAGAAACAGUGGAGUCAGCUCUCCUAUGGCCCUAUCAGGUUAAUUGGGGGAGUGACUUCAUAUACUUGUUUGCGGGGAUUGUCUCCUUCCUCAAUUACAUAACUUCCAGAUCUCCUUCUCUGGAUCAAGACAUCACUGCAGUUCCUACAGAAAAGUCAAGGCUGGGAUUUGGUCCAGUGACUCUGCCUGUUGAAGAUGACUUGUCAGAGCUUCUGACAGAAUCUUCGAGUGAGAUCAGCCAAACCCAUCAAAUAUAGAACUGUGACUGAUAAGAACCCAACUGUUGCUUGACUUAAAAACAGGGGAGAAGCUAACUGAGUAGGGAAUGAUUGUGCAAAUUUGAGGAAACUCUCCUAAUAUCAUGUCCAUAUAACUGAAGGGGACAGCAUUAAAGCUGAUAAAAUCUCC